AUGGCAGAAAAUGAGGCCGUUAAGCAAGGAUCCUCCAUGGGAAAUUUAAAACGGAGCCUAACAAUGAGCUUGUAUUUCAUCGGAAUUUGCACAGCGUCGUGGUUCAUUUGUACGACGAAAAGGAGGAAGGAGUGGGCUGACAUAAUGCUGGACUAUGUUCAUCACAAAAGGUGUUCCUUCCUCUCCAAUUCGUGGGAGCACUUCCUCAAGAGACUCAAGUCAUGA